CAUGCGCGUUUCUUCUCCACAAGUUGCAGGCUACCCACUCGGUGCUCACGCACUUACAAAGAGGGCGCUUCGCUUCGCACGCGGGACGUGUGUUAACGCGUCGGGGAACUUUUAAAAGUAGACUUUGGUGCCUUUAAAAGCUUUACUUCACCAGGCUCUGUGGAGGACCCGUCGGAGUUGCGUUCAAGUCCAAAAAGUCAGCUUGCGUGAGGACACCUUGCAUCGGAAUCCUUGGCCCAAUUUCUCCCAUCAACUCCACACUGAACCCAAAGCACUCCACAAAGCUGGACUACGUCGCUUUGUGAAUUCCUUUCCUCAGGAUGCCACCAAUUUACGGCUGAGAGACCCCCACGCCCCCACCCGAGCCCCGACCGGACAGUCACACCAGGCUGCUCGUGUUUCAGUGCCCCGCACAGGCUGCUAUUGUCAGGUUACCACUAGUGUGUGUGCGUCGCCGCGUUGUGAUUGGCCUUUGCUGGGACAGUGUGAGACAGCGCCGGGUGACGUCUCCUUGUUAAUCUCUGGGACCUUUUCUCUCCAUUUAUGAAGCAGGGAAGGAAAUGCUGCAACUAAAGUAAUUUGAGCUCUUUUUGGACCCAAUUUGGGUCACAUGGUGUUCCAAAGUUGAUGAAUGGCCUCUACAUGUUGUUGUUGAUGGUGGCGCCGCUGUGUAAGUAAGUGCGCCAUGGCUCAAACGGUGCACAUGAAUGGCAACGGCCCAGACAAGGAUAACACCAAGGACUCAGGAGAUCCGUACUUUGUGGAAACGCCGUAUGGUUUUCAGCUGGACUUGGACUUUCUCAAAUAUGUCGACGAUAUUGAGAGGGGGAACACCGUCAAGAAAGUGAGCAUCCAGAGGAAACCCAAAGGGGCCCAACUCGGGGUGCCGUCGGCCCCGCGCAUCGGCACCGAAUGGACGUCUGCCGACUCGCUUUCGUCCUCCAACAGCGACGAGAAGCAGUCCCCGGUUUUGGUGGACCACAAAGCCCGGCUGCCGCCCCCCCUCAGGAGGUCCAGCGUUGAAGCCGCCCCCCAGCAGUCUGAAGCCAAACCGCUCCUGCCGCCGCCCUCGCCCAGGUUAACGUCGCGCCGCAACCCCCACGUGGAGAAGACGCUGAUGGAGACCCGGCUUCGUCUGGAACAGGAGCGUCUGUUUGCGGAGCCGCCCCGCCGACGCCUGGCCAGCUUCGGCGGGACGGGCUCCAACAGCUCGCUCUCGUCCUACUCUGGCUCUGUGGUCGCCAGCCAGAUCUCCCCCGGCGCCCCGCAACCUCUGCCUCUCAACGGUCACUUUAACAAUGGAGACUACAACCCGUACUACCCGCCGUCCGUGGGCAGCUCCAUCCGCCACAGUCCCCUGAGCUCCGGCGUUGCCACACCAGUAACCAACGUCAGCCCACUGCAGCUUCAGCAGAUCCGCGAACAGAUGGUGAUCGCGCUACGGAGGCUGAAGGAGUUGGAGGAGCAGGUCAAGACCAUCCCUAUCUUGCAGGUAAAGAUCGCUGUUCUUCAGGAGGAGAAAAGACAGUUGGCCACCCAGUCCAAAGGUCCCAGUGCUUUUCGCAAGCGCUCCUACAGCGUGGGCAGCGCUGACCAAAUGGAGAACCCGGGCCUGGUCCAAAAAGAGACUGUGCUGCACAUCGUGGAGCCUGAAGCUCAGCAGCAGAAUGCUCAGCAGCUCGAGGAAUUUCGACGUCUGGCUGCCCAAGUCCAAGCUCUGGAGAAGACCACCCUUGAUAACGAGGAUGCUGAAAUUCCCACGCAGAAAGGCAAUCGAAACGAAGCCUUUCAAAAGUCUGUGGGCGUGGUCACCGACGAAAACAUGAACAAUGUACGAAUCCAGCUGAUGAAACCACCCAAAGAACAAGGCCGCCGGGACGCGGCUGUUGCUACGGAGCGCCUGGAGGCCCGCGACGCUACGAUGGGCGUCGACGAGACCAUGCUGGGCCUGUCCAACGAGACCGAGGCAGAAAUGGAGCUCCAGCAGCAAACCAUUGAGACGCUGAAAGACAACAUCUACCGCCUGGAGGUUCAGCUGAAAGAAACCACUCACCAGAUGGAGAUGACAAAGCUGAAGCUGGAGCUCCACGCGGCUGGCGGCUCUAACAAAAAGAAGGUGGAUAAGGGCUUUAUGGUCAGGCCUGAGACCUAUAAUGCCUCCGUGGAGGCCAAAGUCCCGGUGCAGAACCGGGGUGUCGGUGACCAGAGUGUCUCCGGAGCUCAGAAUUCAUCUGUGGCAGUGUCUUGUCAACCUAGCGUGCGUAGUCUCGGCACAGGACCAGAGCUGAGCUUGGAGACGACAGACGAGCAUUGUCACGUUAAGGUCUGCGAGGUGGGAACCAUUACAGCGGAAUCUCUAGACUGCUGGGCCUUCUGCAAACCUAUGACUGAGUUACUCAAGGACUCUCGCUCGAUCGGCAGUGGGGAUUGCUCAGUGGAUGUCCAGGUAGCCCCGCUCAGGACCACAGUGUCGCAAGGAACCGACCCGAAUCUGGCGGGGAAAGCAGACUCUUGCGUGAUGGCGGCCCCCCAGUCGGCCACUCGAGAGACCAACACAGAGAUGGAAGUGGUCACAAGGUUUACCAACACCAAAACGCCAGCGCUGACAGACUCUUUCACCAACACGGCUCCCGCUGAAACACGAACAGUGGCCGCAGGCGAGGGUCUCAUCAAAGACGGGCCUUUGGCCCCAAAGGUUCGCUCGGUCGCCGUGGGGACCGAGUCGCUCCUCGACCGUUCCUGGGCCGCCAAAACCAAAGAAUUCGGCGUGGGACCAGUCAGCGUUAACGAGAACUUCCUUGUCGGCUUAAAAACCCGGAACAUCGCGUGCGGACCCUCGGGGUUCCCGGAAGCCGUCGUGGAGGCAAGGGGUGACGCAGCAUCGCUGCCUGUCGCUGACGCGCAGAGAAGCGCCUGCCUGGACCAUUACAUCGAGAGGGUGCAGAAGCUGUUGCGGGAGCAACAGACGCUGCUAGCGGAGAACUACAGCGAGCUGGCAGAGGCCUUCGGUCAGCCGCAGUCCCAAUUCGGAUCCAUCAACAGCCAGCUGGUCAGCACACUGUCCUCAAUCAACUCUGCUAUGAAGAGCGCCAGCGCCGAAGACCUGCUAGACCUCCGAGCUGCCACCGCCCACACAGAGGGAGCGCUGAAGACGCACACAGAAAGAGCUACCAAAAUGCCGACUCAGCACCUGAGCGCAGCUGAGCAAAAGAGUCGCAUGGACCUGCAAAUGUCCACAGCCCUACAUGGUCAGCCGUGUGGCGCCAACGCUCUCAAGUCCAUCAUGAAGAAACAAGACGGGCGAGCAGACUCCAACUGCGCCAAGAAGAACUUGCAGUUUGUCGGUGUCAACGGCGGCUAUGAAACCACAUCUAGUGAUGACUCCAGCUCUGAGGACAGCAGUACCUCUGGAUCUGAGGAUGAGCAGGAAGAGAAGGAAGGAGAUAAGGAUGUGGUGGAAAAGAAAGAAGCAGGAAGUUUGGAUGAGCAGGAGACCAGAGAAAGGUACGAGUUCAGCGAGAAGAUGCUGGCAGCGUGCAACGUCAUCAAAGUUCACCUCAGCCAGCCUGAAGACGUCAGCGCUAAAGACCUGAGGGCGAGCGUCAACACGGUGCAGCACGAGUGGUUCCGCGCCUCCAGCCAGAAAUCUGCAUCUGCGUCGACAGUUUCUGAUUACUUGGCGGCGUUCCGCGCCGUCUCUCCAUCCGUGCUGCGCCACGUGGUCAAUGCGGCCGAUGGCAACGGCAACACAGCGCUGCACUACAGUGUGUCGCACUCAAACUUUCCUGUGGUGAAGGAGCUGCUGGACGCCGAUGUGUGCAACGUCGACCAGCAGAACAAGGCGGGCUAUACGCCAAUCAUGCUAGCCGCGCUAGCCGCUGUGGAGACACCCGCCGACAUGCACGUCGUGAAGGAACUCUUCGGAAAGGGCAACGUCAACGCACGGGCUAGUCAGGCGGGCCAGACGGGUCUGAUGCUAGCGGUUAGCCACGGUCGCAUGGACAUGGUGCAGGCCCUGCUAGCGCACGGCGCCGACGUCAACGUGCAGGACGACGAGGGCUCCACGGCCCUCAUGUGCGCCAGCGAGCACGGACACGCCCACAUCGUCAAGCUCCUCCUGGCCCAGCCAGGCGCCGAUGCAACCCUCAGCGACAGCGACGGCAGCAACGCUCUGUCCAUCGCUCUGGACGCCGGACACAAGGAUAUUGCUGUCCUGCUUUACGCCCACGUCAACUUCGCCAAAGCGCCGUCGCCAGGAACCCCUCGGAUGGCCCGCAGGAAGUCUCCGAGCCCCACUCGCAGGAGCGCCUUCGAUUAAUCUGUGAACAUUUCGGACCUUUUCAUUUUUUUUGUUCACUUGCUGAUUUUGAAAUUUAACCAACUGGUGCCUCAAAAAAACCUUUGGAUGAAUAAUCCCCUCCACCCCUUUUUACUAAUUCUAUUACUUCAGUCCAAUGUACAUAGUGCUGAUCUCCAGUCCACUUUUCUACCAAUUCUUUAUCUAUUUAAAAAGAAAAAAACGGCAGUAUUUUUUAGUAUGAGCGCAUAUAAGGAUCAUAUGAAGUCGUUAAAGUAUUUAUCAAAGUCUAGUUUUUAAAGCACAUCCACAGUUUCUUUGUACAUAUGGUACGUUAGCCUAUUAUUGUUUCCGAAUUGAUCUUUUGUUGUCAAUGAAAUUGACUCCUUUUUGUGUGACGAUGUCAUCAUGAAUCAAUAAACGUUAAAGUGCACGUAUGCUUGUUUCAGUGCCAUUGACGGCAAAAGGGGGGCUGUCAGUAUGGUCAAAAAGCUUUUCGUGUUUUGGAGUUAGACAUUGAAGACUCGAAGUAUUAAUUUAUUUCGGACUUUCGCCUAACAAGUGACCAAACUAUUGACCAAAAGAACAUUUAUCUUCAAUGAUAUCGGCAUGGUUACAUAGAGGGCCGGUCCUAUGCAAUUUGGUGUGUAAGGCCACCGACCAAACAGGCGUUCUAUUGCCGUCAAUGUCGGCCAAUAAAUUCACCCUUUAAAAAC